AUGAGAGCUUCUUUUGUCUUCUCCAUGGGCAUUGCCUUUCCCGUUGUGAGCGCCUACUUGGUAGCUCCUCCUGGUGUUGCUGCCCCUGGAACAACUUCACAGUGUAGUGCUUGGGUCGCAUAUUCAAGCUCUCUUACCUGCGCAUCGAUUGAAGAAAGCUACGGAGUGUCAAGUGGAAAUUUCGCAUCUUGGAACCCAAUCGUUGUUAACUCGGGCUCGGGUUGUAGUCUUCUCCCUGGAUUAGAUUACUGUGUCCAGGUCAAUUUUCAAUCCCCGACCCCGACCACCACGACAUCGUCGACUACUUCGACACCCACUACGUUUGUGACAUCUGCUUCCGGGGAUGGAAUAUCCACUCCAAGCCCGGUGCAGACUGGCAUAGCGUCCAAUUGUGAUAAGUUCUAUCUGGUACAGAGUGGUGAUCAGUGUGGUAUUAUUGCAUCAAACGCAGGUAUCAGCCUUGCCCAGUUCUAUGCCUGGAAUCCGGCAGUGGGCUCGAGCUGCCAGUAUUUGUAUUUGGGUGACUAUGUUUGCAUUGAUGUAAUUGGCGCAACACAUACUACGACUGCCGCCAGCACCACGACGGCAGGAACUGGUAUCAGUACCCCAACACCGUAUCAGCCAGGAAUGACAUCCAACUGUGAUAAGUUCUACCUGGUCCAAAGUGGUGAUCAAUGCGGUACCAUCGCUUCGAAUGCUGGAAUAAACCUUUCCGAUUUCUACUCGUGGAACCCUGCGGUUGGCUCAAGCUGUGCCUACCUAUAUCUCGGUGAUUACGUCUGUAUUGGCGUGAUAGGAGCCAGUGGUACAACUACCACCCCCACCACCACAACCACAACUCCUGGAAAUGGAAUCACGACUCCGACGCCGUAUCAGUCUGGAAUGGCUUCGAAUUGCAACAAAUUCUACUUAGUCCAAAGCGGCGAUCAGUGCGGUGUUAUUGCGUCGAACGAAGGAAUCGGCCUCUCGCAGUUUUAUACAUGGAAUCCAGCAGUUGGCUCAGCAUGCCAGUAUCUGUAUUUGGGGGAUUAUGUCUGCGUAGACGUCAUUGGAGUUACGCCUACUACCACGACCUCUACUUCGACCGCUGGCAAUGGGAUCACGACCCCAACUCCGUACCAACCAGGCAUGGUCUCAAAUUGUGACAAGUUCUAUCUCGUGCAAAGUGGAGACCAGUGUGGAACGAUUGCAUCAAACGAAGGGAUAUCCUUGGCAAAUUUCUAUGCCUGGAAUCCCGCAGUUGGUUCAAGCUGUGCUUACUUGUACUUGGGUGAUUACGUUUGUGUUGGAGUGAAGGGAUAG